CGUAUUUGCCAGCAUAGCAGACGAGAGGCAGAGAGAGAGAGAGAGCUGGCACAAGAGUAGGAAAGAGAGGGGGAGAGUUCAGUGUGUGUGUGUGUGUGUGUGUGUGUGUGUGUCUCCUGGGGAGAAGCACAGACUUCAUAUCCAGGUCUCCAGUAAACAUCUAUGAGCCUCCUCUAUAAAGCUGCUGUGCUACUGCAUGGACCCUCGGAGCAAAGGCAAAAAUAUCAGCUUCAGUUCCUGUUGAAUUAUCAGUGUAGCAGAGGGCACACAGCUGAGCUCCAGCACAGAACAGUAGCUGGGUGCAGUGGCAGCAGCUUGCCAGGGAGUCUGUAGAUGCUGAAAAGAGCCGAGACAAAGUGAGCAGAGAUCAACCAACUGAGCAGAACAUGACAGCUGCAGCAGCUCAGGAACUUGACGAGCGAUGUUUCCUGUCGGCGCAGUCCCUUCCCAGCCUGAAGGUAUCUGAGCACUUCAAGGUGGUGAAGCUCCUGGGACAGGGAACCUACGGCAAGGUCAUGCUGGCCGUACACAGAAAGAGAGGAACCCCGAUGGCUCUGAAGUUCUUUCCUCGUGAGUCGACCUCGCUCACCUCCUUCUUGCGUGAAUACAACCUGUCCCUUUCCUACUGCACCCAUCCUUCUCUGACACGGGCCCUUGGCAUCUUCUUUUCCACACCCACCUAUUAUGUGUUUGCCCAGCAAGCUGGUCUAUACGGCGACCUCUACAAUGUGAUAGUGUCUGAGGUCGGGGUGGAUGAAGAGCGUGUUCAGAGGGUAAUGGCCCAGCUAAGUGGUGCCGUCACACACCUCCACUCCCUGGGGUUCGUCCACCGCGACAUCAAACCUGAGAACAUCUUCCUGUGUGACAGCUCCUGUCGCUGGGUCAAACUGGGCGACUUUGGUCUCGCCCGGGCCAUCGGCUCCACCGUUCGUGCCGUCUGGUACGAGUCUCCCUUCUGCACUCCUGAGGUGGAGCCUGGAAAAAAGGCUCAGAAGGACUGGGAUGGGACCGAGGAGAAUAUAGAGGAAAUCUGGAUAACAGUGGAGCCCACUAUUGACAGCUGGGCCCUCGGUGUGCUCGUCUAUUGCCUCUUAACUGGCUGCUUCCCAUGGGAGGAGAGCACCCUCGACGACCGCGGCUACCGUAGGUUCAAGGAGUGGUUUGACCGCGAGGAGAAGAUGAGGGAUGGUGAGUGGAGGCUUGAGGAGGAAAUAGACAGUUACACAAUCAUGAGGGAGAACCAAAGGUACAACCCCCCGCCCUCACAGUUUGAGGGCCUCAGCCCGCUUGUGAUGACUCUGUUCAAAGAGCUGCUCCACCCGGAGCCCAAACACAGAGGGAGCCCAGAGGAGAUCCUCAGCUACCUGGGAGGGCCGUGGCUGACGGAGACAGAGAUGGAGGAGAAGAGGAAGGCAGAGGAGGCGGAGAAGGAAGCCAGAAAAAUAAGGGAGGGAGGAGGUGUAGAAGAGGAGCUGGUGAGGGAGGGGAGAGGGGAGAGAUAAGCUUUGAUUAAUGGAUGUAACAUGUUUGAAAAACAUUGCUGCAUUGUAUUUUUGUUCAUGAUUAUAGCAGGUGCUAUAUUUUCAUAUUUUUAUAAAUAUCCUUACCACAGCCACCACUUCCCUUGUUGUAUAUAUUCCAGUGUGUAUACUGUAUACUGUACAUGUGUAUGUAUGAAGGAAGUGUCUACAGGUAAUACAAGGAAAGUUUGAUGUGUGAAACUAUGAGCUGUAUUAUAGUGCCUUUAAAAGUCUGUAUGAGA